AUGGAUACCGAGAACACGACCCGAGAGCAGCGUAUGCUCGUCUCGGAGGCGAUGGUUCGGUCUCGUGAGGAUGAUGAUGGAGGUAAUGGCUCUCCUGAUGACGGGAUGACUCCCUAUUGCUUCUACCCGGGAAAUAUUUUCGAGGAGCAGCGCAGGCUUGACCCGACACGAGCUCGUCCCUCUGUAGUUGAAGGGCAGGAUUGGGGGAACGUUUUACCGACGCGGUCUACGUUUGGGUCGGUGAGAAGGCUGCUGAAGAGAAGCAAGGCGACUGGGGUUACGUUCAUAAUCCCGUCAAAGGACCAGCGACCGUGGUCUCCCCCGAAGGGAUAUCAGUGCGUAUAUGAGUCGUACUUCGAGAAUGAUACGAAAUUAUGGUUUCCGAUACCUCGACUCGUCACCGCCUACACGAUGCGCCGAGGAGUUGCUCUGAGCCAAUUCUUAAAUGGCGCUUGGCGCCUAGCAGUUGCACUGAUGGUGAUUGGGGCAGAAGCCGGUGCCGCUCUCAGUGUCCGAGCAUUCGAGGAGCUAGUUUCGGUGAAGAUCAAUCAGGGCCUGUUGUCGCUAAAGAUACGUCCCAACUACAAUGUGGUAACGGGCUAUCCGACCAAGACGAACGACUGGCAGCGAUCGUACUUUUACGUUAAGUCCGAUCGCUCGGCUUUCGAGGAGCCGCUGAAGACCGGUUACCGUGUUCUUUGGAACAAUGAAUUUGGUAUAGAGUGUUUCCUAGUCUUUUACCGUUUCGUGCUCCUGACCGCCUCUUUUCCUUUUGUUUUGGCAGUCCCUCACUCGAAUACCGCGGAGUACGAGGAAGAUUUUUUGGAGAGUGCUCGGAUCGUCGCGUCUCAGAGGCAAGAUCUUUGGGAGAACUUCUCGUACGGGAGGAUUCGCAGGUCGGCUGAUCGGAUUAGACUACAGGUUUGGCGUUCGGAUACUGUUCCGAUUAUCACCAAGAAAUCGAAAAGAAUCAACCUGUUCAACAAGGCCGAGCAGACGGAGAUCAAUCGUGCCAGAGUUAUGAGGGAAUUGCCGGACCUAAGCUUGGUGGUUGGGAAGCAACUCGGGUUUGUGGAGCCCGACCAAAACUCCAACGCAAACUCGCCUAAUCUCGAGGAACCUAAUGCGACUGAGUCAGAUGAGGCUCAACUCGUGAGGAAAACGGGGAACAAGAGAAAAGAGAGGGAAGGCGCUUCUUCCGAGGGGAAACAGACCGAGGAGACUUCCACCGGUGGGGGUGCCGGGUCGGAGAAGAAAAGAGCGCGGAAGGAUUCCGCAGAGGUUCGACCUUCUUCUGUGGAAGAAGGGGAGCUCCAAGCCUUGGAGCCUAGUAACGGUUCUCGAGACGACGCUCUCCCGAAUCCAUCUCCCGGUGGCGGUCAAGCGGGUGAGCAUCAAGAGACUUCUUCUAAAGUGAAGAAGAAGAAAAAGAACAAGAAGAAGAAUAACGGCGGAUCCUCAGGGCAGGAGGGGGCGCCCGAGAAGGAGACCGUGGGAGCCCCGACUGCUGCCGUUUCUCUCCCGAAGGCAGCGGUUCGCGAAGAUGUCCGGGGAUCGAGCAGAUCCGCUCCGAAGGCUCAGGAGAAGGAAGCUGUGCCGAAGGACCUUCAGGGGUUUUGUCCGGACAAGGUCGACUUUAUUUUUAAGCGGGAUACUCCUCUUGUUUGCAACGAGAGAGACUGUGCUCGCUUUGUCCGCCAAGUCCGGGGGAGCAGAAAGCAUCUCCCACUCGUCAAGGAUCUCGUCUUCCAAGACGACUACACCGCCGCCGCCGGUUCUUCGGUUAAGAGCCAAGGGGAUUGGAAUGAAGUCGUCCGUAAGUACGACGAGGAGCUGAAGAGGACCUAUGGUGUGAUCGAUAGGCAGCGACACAACACCAGGGAAGCGACGCAAGCCCUAGAGGUCAUGCUUCGCAAGAAAAACGAUGCGGUCAUCCGGGAAGAGGCCAUGAGGGAUGAGCUCCUCCAGAAAGAGACGGCUAUGAACAAGGAGCUGAAGCGAGCCCGGGAGUUGGUUAAGACACUCGAGAAAGAGAAAGCCAAGUUGGCAGACGAGAAGAAGAUCCUCGAGGAAGAGAAGGCUGCUGCUGCCUUAGCGCAUUCCAAGGAGAUGGAUCGUCUCCGAGACUCGCGCCGCUAUGAGGUUACUCACGAGCGAAUCCGAGUGAUGGCUGUAAUGCAUGGAAAGGCUGCUGCUCGCUUCCAGAGGAUUCGAGAGCGGGAGACUCGUCGCGACAGCUUUGAGGAUGCGAGGUGUAUGCUCGGUCAGGCUCGCGGAAUGAGACGUUGUCUUGAAGGGAUGAAGGCAACAGGUAAAAGCAUCUCUCAGGGAGAUAUCGAUACUUAUGCCGAGCAAGAGAAACAUUACGACGCGGAGGUGAAGCGUUUGAUCGUAGACGAUCUUCCCGAGAAGGACCUCUCUUUGUCUCCUCUUGUGCUCGAGUCGAGGUUCGUCAUCCAAGAGAUAUUGGAUAAAGUCGACAAGUACGGAUCGAACAUGGGCUUGCUCGACUCUGAGGCUGCCAGGGCUCUUCGCACUCCGCUCAGGGGACCGGAGGAUCAAUCCGAGGGACCAUCGAAGAGCCUCCUCGAAACCGUCCAGUCGCCAGCUCACCCUGACGCCAUCCUUCCGGAAAAUGCUCCGGUGGUCGAAGAAACGAUCAAGCCAGCUUCCGAGGUACCGAUCUCCGAUACGCCGAUCAAGACAGUGGAUAUCACCGAUUCGCCGUCGCUUGAAGUGUCGGGCUCUGGCGUGAGCGGGGAGCGCUCCGAGGAAGAUCCCCUUGUCUCGGGAUGA